CCCGAUUCUGCUCUUCUUCUUCCCACUGCAGCCACCCGAGGAAAAAAAAGGGGGAACCCAGCCAUGCCUUUGAGAAACCGGUAAAGCCUGAUGAUUUUCCCUUAUUUUCUUGUCCAAGAACCUGAUUUAGAACCCAGAAAUCUCUCCCUCUCUGCAGAAACCCAGAUCUGGUCGGUUCUCCCCCCCCUUUGCUGGAAAUCCCGGAUCUGCUCUGCUCUUCUCCCCUGUCCGCCGGCUGCUAUGUGGGUUUGAAUUUCUGGGCAUUUUUCGGGUAAAGCCACAGCCAAGAAAUCAUCUCUUUAACCUUGAUUUAGGCUGGGUUAUGCUGAUUUCUGUUUAUUCCCUAAAUUUCUAGUAGUUUCCGUGAGUUUCCCCUGCAGAUGCCACCGGCUUCUUCUCCCUGCCAAGUCCGGUUCUUGCUGGAAAAUUCUGGUAUGAUGGCCACUUCUUUAAGCCCUAAAUUAGCCAUUUAAUUGUUGCUUUGUGUGUGUCCGAAUUGUGCCAAAAAUGGGGAGGAAUUCCGGUAGCAUUUAGUAGCAUUUUAAAUGUGUUUUAAGCUUGAUUAAGUAGAAUUGAGCUUGAAUUAGCUGCUGUGACGUUUUGUGUGAAAAUUCCGUGUGUGUGAAUUGUGAUUUGCCAAAGUUAUGCUCUCCCUGUGCUGCCGUGAGAAGUGGGAAAAUUUUGGUAGAUUAAGUUAUGUUUUAAGCUUGGUUUAAGUGUAAAUUAGCUUGAAUUGGGUUGUUGUGAUCUUGGAGUGAAAUCCCGUGAGAUUAGUUAGUGUUUUGGCCAAUUUGUGGGAGUGGAGUUACUGUUCACGUCGGGGUCACUGUUCACCGGCACUGUUCACCGGUUACUGUUCACACCCCGAGAGUCGACAAUUAACGGGGAUUUAAAUGAUUAGUUUGUGAUAUAAGAACGAAUUUGGAGAUAUUUGAUCAUGUGGAGAUUUAUGGAAAUAGCCUUGUGAUUAGGAAUGAUCCUAAUGAUGAUUUCAGUGUAAAUUUGUGAUAGUGGUAUUAAUUCUGGGAAUAUUUUGAUUCGGUUCUUGAUCGUUCUGUCAGUUAGCACUGAAAUUGAGUGCUCGGUUUUAUGCAAGUGAGGUAAGUAAAUUUAUGGUAAUGCC